CUAAGUUUCAACAUGAGUGACAGACCGGAUGCAAUUAGGAUCGAAAUUUUGAACGACGUCGGACGAUCUGUCGUGGACGCGGAUGCUGAAUGGAAAAAGCUUGCCAGCGGAUUUGCUUGGGCGGAAGGUCCCGUUUAUCUGACGUCUUCAGACUGUCUGAUUUUCUCUGACAUUCCAGGAGACGCAAUGCACAAAUGGAGUGAAGGUGUCGGACUAGAGACAUUCAGAAAGCCGAGCAACUUUACAAAUGGAAACUGUUUGGACAAGAUUGGACGGCUAGUGAGCUGUGAGCAUAAAGGAAGAUCAGUGACACGCACUGAUCUGACGACAAUGAAGGUUAACGUAGUUGUUGAUCAUCAUGAUGGUAAACCCUUCAAUUCACCCAACGAUGUUGUGGUCAAGUCCGACGGUUCGAUUUUCUUUACUGAUCCUGAUUAUGGCUGUCAGAUAAAUGAGGGCCACGGAAAGAUGCCUGAGCAAGCUGGAAACUACGUGUAUUGUGUCCUACCCGGUACUUCAGUAGCUAUUCCAGUCAUCACUGAUAUGCUACGACCCAACGGCCUUUGCUUCUCUCCUGAUGAGUCUUUGCUGUAUGUUGCUGACAGUGGAGCUGCUAGGUACCCAAAGAAUCACGAGAAAUGUCAGAUUGAAUUCAACUGGAGCGAUCCACACCAUGUACGAGUGUACGACAUUGUCAAUGGACACGAAACAAGAAACAGUCGUCUCUUCAAGACGAUAGAAACUAUUCCAGAUGGCAUCCGGACAGACGUUCAAGGAAAUCUCUACGUAUCAACCUUCCAAGGAGUCGAAGUGUAUUCGCCCAGUGGAACUCCCCUCUGCAUCAUCCACGCUCCAAAUAAAACAGCCAACUGUUCAUUCGGAGGGCCAGACAACACAACCCUUUACCUCACAUCACUAGACACGGUGUGGUCUGUCAAAUGCAACAUCAAAGGCAGCGUCUAACUCACAUGACAACUAACCCUUUUGAGUCACGUGACUACUUGAAUCACGUGACUACUUUUGUCAAUCAUUUUCAUACUUUUAAUUUUAGUAAUCACUUUUGUACCAGCCAGUAGCACACUUUCUAUGUUGUUACUAAUCUCAGUCAUUGAGUGUUGUU